AGGAGGAGGAAAAGUCAUAUUUCGAACAUUGGCUUCUCCCCAGCUGACGAUCUUUUAGGUAUCCAACUCUUCGAACGCCCGCGGGGAAAGCGAACGUUCUAAGAGUUGCAGCGUUCCACGCUUGGAACGUUGCUGUUGUCGGGAUCAGGGCUUCGAGAGGUUCGGUGCAGGACCUCCGCGGGACUCCCCCCCUCCCUUCUCAAUCCCCCGCCCACAGCUCGCAAGUUUAUCCAGGGCAAGGUUUUUUUUUUCUCUCUCUCUCUCUCAACUUGAACGCUCGCUGCCACUUAUUUCACUCCCUCCUGUUCUCUCAUUUCGUGCGUGGGUGCGUGUCGAUUUAUUUCUUGGGACGUGUGUUGGGCGUCCCCUGGUUUAUCUUUGUCCCUUGUGGGGAAUGUGGAAAUGGCCGGUGACAACAGUCCUCCUGGAGUCUCCUUGUGUUGGCGACGCUUCGAGCUCUUACUGCUAGCGACAGCGGCCACCGGACUAUGCAGCGGGGUCUCUGGAGUCAAGAAUCCCAGCUGCCACGAAGUCAGGACGGCGUUUCAGAUGCGGCAGAUCGGUCCCAUCAAGCUGGUUCCUGAUGUUCCCACAACUGAUUCCAGUUUACAGAUUUGCCAACACAAAUCACCAACGUGUUGCACUAAGAAAAUGGAAGAAAAUUAUCAAGCAGCUGUUAGAAGAGAAAGAAUAGAAAACACUCAGACUCUAAAUUUUGAACUGAAAUAUAUGAUUGUUGGUCACAUAACAGCUUUUCAAGCAGCCUUUGAGUCCCUGCUUCGUUUUGCUGAGAAUCACACCGCUUCUCUCUUUGAGACUGUCUACAGAUCCAUGUCGAAGGAGGCAGCUGAGCCUGUGAAAGAACUUUUUACAGACCUCUCUCUCUACCUCUUGGGUGCUCAAAACAGAGUGGAAAAAGCAUUUUUCCGGUUCUUCGACAGCCUCUUCCCUUUGGUUUAUACCCGCUUGAUAAACCCUGGCAUGAUGGACUUGUCAGAAGAAUAUAUGGAAUGCCUGCGACAAACACGACAAGACAUCAAUCCAUUUGGGCGCUAUUCCAAAGAAGCUGUUAUGGAGCUAGCAAAGUCUCUGAGGGCAAGCAGAACAUUCAACCAGGCCCUGGGAAUGGGCGUUGAAGUGCUGAAUGCCACUGAACAUGCUGUUUUGACCAAAGAAUGUAUCCGAGGCCUUGUGAAAAUGCAGUAUUGUCCUCACUGCCAAGGUUUGACCCUCAUAAGGCCCUGUGAAGGAUAUUGUCUAAAUGUGAUGAGAGGUUGUUUUGCCAGCGUAUCUGAGCUGGAUGUUCAUUGGAGGGAAUAUAUCUAUACCCUGGAAUACCUCACCAGUGAAAUGGCUGUAACUCAUGAUCUAGAACUGGCACUGAUGGGUAUUCGGUACUCAAUCAAUGAGGCCAUUUUACAGGCACAACUUAAUGGACCCCAGCUAUCAGCAACUGUAGAUAAAGUAUGUGGACAUCCUGAAGAAAAAGAAGUGAAAUCUUUGCCAGACAGCAUAAUUCAAGCAAAGGAAAUAGAGAGACCACCUCUAACAAUGGCCCACUCAAUAACUAUUAACAAUAAAAGGAGUUCUCUGCCUCUGAAAUCUUCAAAGAAUGACAAAUCCAGAAGUUUGAAAAAAAUGUCUCGGGAAUUUAUCAGUUAUAUGAAACGAUCCAGGACGUUUUAUGCAUCUUUGACAGAAAGGCUUUGUGAUGGUGAUCUCGUGAUGAAAGACAGCUCAACUUGCUGGAAUGGCCAAGAUGUGGUAGAAAGUUAUACAAGCAGAGUGGUUACAAAUGGAUUGAAAGCCCAAAUGAAUAAUCCAGAGAUGAUAGUCAGAGGGUUGGAUCCACAGAUAGGUCAUUUAAUUGACAAGUUGAAACAUUUUAAUCAGCUGGCAGCCCACACAAGUUUACAGUCCGAAAGUUGGAUUGACACGGAAGGCAGCAGUGGGAAUGGAAUGAGCAAAGAGACAGAAUCCAGUGGAGACUGUGAUGAUGAAGAUGGAUGCCAAGGAUCAGGUGAUAAAAGCUACACAAAAGAUGUUUUUAAUGUGAAAUCAGGAGACAGAAACGAAACCAUACUAAUAAUGGAAAAGACGGACACCACAUCCACAACCACAAUAAAAACAUUUUCCAUUUAUAAAGGGGACAGAAAUCUGGGUACUCAAGCAUCAAUGUCUUGGUUCUUUAUAAUUACCAGCCUUGCAGUUUGGUGGCAUUUUGUGUCAUAGCUGUAUUAUACUGCAGUAACUAUGCAAUUUCUGUGCACCAUCAUAUAUACCUUCAGCCUUAUCCAAGUGAAAGCAACUUAAAUUGGUUUCUAAAUUCUAUGCUCUAAUAUUAUGUGGUAUGUUAGUUUAAGUGCUAAGUAUUAGUCUGGGACUGGCUACCAGCAAGCAUCAAUUUGUACACAUUGUCUCCACUGUCUGGAGAUGUUUUGGUAACAUCUCAACUACUCAAAUUGGAGAAAGGAUGAAGACAGAAGAUUUAAGUAGGUUAAGUUAUUGUGAUAGGUACAGUUAAGAAUGUCAUAAAGUUAUACAUUAAUAUGUUGGCAUUUUUUCUCUUUUAUUUGUCAGAUAUUGGACUGUUGUCUUCUUUAAAUAAUUGGAUUUCAUUUACAUGCCAAUAAUUUAUAUCUAUAGGGAUCUAUGAAUAUUAUAAAAAAAUUGUAGUUCGAUCAAAUUCUGGUCAAGGCAUCAUAGCAUGCUUGAAUUUCUUUAUUUCUUUUCAUUAGAUUGUAGAAAGUGUACGGUGUCUUUAAUGUAUUAUUGUACAGUAGUUCUUUUAACAAUCAGCAAUAAAUAGAACUAUUUCCCAAUUUAUUUUAAAACACUACAGAAUAGUUUCCCUGCUCAUGUAUUUCUUUAUUAUAUACCUACAAUUUUGUCAUGUUGCAAAUACCUGGUGAAUUAAAAAGAGAGGAGACUCUUACAUGGCCAUUGCAAAAAUGGUUAUUGAUAUAUUGUAUAGCUAGAAUGAGGAACCAAUACCUGUGCUAUAAUCUUCUCUAUUGUAAUAUUAGUCAGCAUGGUUAGCAAUAAAAGAUGCUGAGAACCACUGUUAAGAAACAUCUCUAUGGCUACAUAUUCUUCAUCUGAUCUAUAUUGUAUUUUUUUUAAAAGUUCUGAUGCAGGUGUCUCACCAGGUACAUCUGGAUGGGCAAUGCAGCUGUCAUAACUUGAUGCAAUUAUUUGACUUCCUUCCUCAGUCAAUAAUGAAGUUCAGUGACAUAAUACGUCACCAAAAUUUGGUGGAACCAUUUGACUGUCCUUUGGAAUAUUCAGGAUAAACUCAUCCUUUGAAAAAUUAUCUACUUUAAUUAUCAUUAAAGUUAAGAUUAAAAAUAGAUUUCUUUCUAUCUCAACUGCAUUUUAUAACUGCCCAUUGCCUUACCAUCCAAGUGCAAUAUAUCCUCAACUUGAAAAGGAUUGCUCAACUCCAUGUUAGGGCAUAUGAAGUAAAUAGAACAGCUUUCUGCAAGACAUCAGUUCAGAUCUCUGGAAAUAAGUACUUGUACAUUCCCUGCCAUUGGUUGCUUGGACGAGAAAGAAAAGAUGGGCAGAAAGAGAAAAGAAUGUGAGAAAUGGGGGGGGGGGAGUGGGAGAGAGAGAAAAAAAUAGAUAUGCCAUAAAAGGGAAUCCUUACUUGUUUGAGGGUUCUGACUCCACCCAUGACUUCUUUUAGCUCCACCCAGUCAAUUACUCUUUGACAUGUUAUAAGACAAACGAAAGAAAAGAAUGGAAUUAAUCCAUUCCUUAAUACCGCUCACAAAUAAAUGAUUGGGCUUAUUAGGAUUUAUAUGCCAGCAAACUCACUGUUUUAUGGAUGUUUGCAGAAUCCCCCCUUUUAUACAUUUUUAUGUAUACUAUAUGGAAUGCGAUCCAAAAGAUGAAUAUACACUUUCUUUGCUGCUACUACUACAAUAAUUUUCAUCAAACUAUCAGGAAAAAUUUACCUCUUUUAUCCUAAAAAAUAAUUUUUAAAAAUCUGAAGUGCAGCUUCUGUUUAUGAUGAUACGCUAUGAGAUAAAAAUAUGAAAGAAAUGUCAAUCUAUAAGGAUACCGUCUGUUAUUUAAUAUUUACUCUCUAAUACUUAUUUUGAAGAGUAUUUUCCAUGUUUUUUGUAAAUGGCCUUUUUCCACUUUCAAGAAAAUUAAUGUGUUUCUUAGUAUGGUAAGAAAUUACAAUCCUAUUAUUAAUUAGAUGGAGGAAGGCUAAUUUGUGUAUUUUUACCUCAAUCCUUAAAAUACCAUUGAAAAUCUACAUACUACAACUUUCAGCAGAAUUAACCAUUACAAAGAAUUCCCAUUUAUAUUUACUGAAAAUACCAAUAACUCAUAUCACUAGAAAGCUGUUUCCAUGGUAAAAAUAAUUUCUGUGUACAGUUUUAAAUGAUAAAAUGUAAAAUAUUUGUUAUUGAUUUACAUGUAUGAUAUGCAUGUGUACAAAAAUUACUGCAACCAUUUGAUUUGCAUAAAAUGUAUACUCAGUCUAGUAUAACAAUCCUAUGUACUAUCUGAUACGUUUAGGACAAAAACAUAAAGUACAACAGGUUGGGAAACCCUUGUUGCUGUUGGAGUUCUGACGUGCACAUCCUUUUUUGUAUAAUGUUUUCUUUUAUUUGCUUUUAAGAGUUUCCUUAUAUUCCUUACAUAGCAAGAUAGAGCACUGCUUUUAAUGACUGAUGGGCUAUUUUCAGAUGACUUUGCUCUCUUAGUUUAAAAUUAAGUUACAAUCCAGCUAAAUCAAACACUUUGUCCCACUGAAUAUAACAAAACAUUUCAUAAUAUAAAAUUUGUUCCAUUCAAAAGAAAUUUAAGAAUGCUCAUCUGCUGAUGAAAUAGUACGGUAAAGAUUUAAUUCUCAUAGAGAUGAAUGACAGAUAUGAGACAACACAUGCCAGAAUCUUAAAAGUCAGAAGCUUUUUUAAAAAAAAAAAAAAAUUCCAUAGUCAUAAAGCCAUUCUGUCUGAAAAAAGUAAUUUUAUCUUAGUGCAUCAAGUAAUAAUAUCUUGAAGAGAGAAAAUGAAUGGAAACUGAUGAGAGCAAAAUGCUCUCGUAUAAUUAAGCUCUACAGCCUUACAAUACCCAAGAAAAUCAAUCUCACUCAAGAAAUGCCAACAAUCCUUCUAUUAGGUAUAUAUCAGAUUCUAGACAAAAUUUCUUUUGUAGUAUUAAACAAAUGCUUAGAAUAUUAAAUUCUCUUUUUGAAGGUAGUCAAAAUAUUUCAAACCCUUAUUGAAAAAAUCACUUAUAAUCAUUUGAGAAUAUUUAAGCUUUAGGCUUAAUUUAGUGAGUGUGUUAAAAAAAACCCACUAAAAUUCAUAUGUUGGAGGAUUGCAUCAACUGUUAUGCUGUACUCCUCUGACAGGACAUAAGUAGGUACUUCCUGCUUUCUUCUAAAUAGCAAAUUCACAGGAGCUAAUUGAAAAGUACAUGUCACAAUAUCUGAUCAACAAUAAUUGGCAAUUUCAUGAAGUAUACCAAAAUACCAUUGAAAAGCAACUAUAUUGUUUUACACAGGCAAUGCAUUAAAUUUAUAUGACAAUGUUAAUGUAGUUUGCAUUUUAUCAUUACCUUUCACCUUUCUCGCUCUUCCAAUUAAAUCAGUAAGAUACUAUUUGUACUUUAUAUAACACUGCCACGAUAAAAAAAAUAUUUUGUUAUAUAGUAUAAGCAAUUAACAUUUGCUCACUUUAUCUAUUACAAGGGGCUAUAUAAUUUGUCCACUGUGCCCUUUCUGUGCACCUAAUUAGAAUCAGUGUGAAACUCCAUUCAGGUGAUAAAUAUUUAAUUGGAGGAUCCAGGAAGCAAACAAGGAACAUGCUCUGUAUAUUAUACAAUUUUUGCAGUCAUACACAAUGUAAUAUGCUUUUCACCUAAAAAUCAAACAUUUUCUAUAGGCCUCAGUGCUUUAAAAUUCUUUUAAGUGAGAUAUGGCCUUAGCAGUGCUGCCUCAGAUAUUGUACCAAAAGUUGGAAUAAAUAAACUAUAAACAAGUCAACAAAACUGUAACAAUAUCAGUGAAUGGUGGAACUGGAGAAAGAUCUAGAGCCAAGAUACCUAGCUAUGCUAUGAUCCCAGUGGAUGAACAUAACUGCUCCUUCCAACAUUUAAUCUUAAAUUCUUACCAGGAGUGCCAAACAUUUACUAUCAAUUAUUGUAUGUAAUAUGCAUUUAUAUGAAUAUGCAAUUAGCAUAUAGAAUUACUAUAUGCAUAAAUUAUGUUUCUGCUUGUUCCUGAUUUUUUAUAUAUAAAAAUGUUUUAUAGCUAAAAAUAAGGUUACAAACUGUACAUCUAGCUACUUUAUCAGGAAAAUAGAAAAAUGUCUGUCUUCUGCUGCAUCUAAACCUAGUCCCAUAUUUCUAUUAAAAGUUUCUAAACAUUUCCAAUACAGGCCAGGAAACAUCCAUGCUUCCUUAAGUUUAUCAGGCUUUCUUGGGUUUUAUUAGCUGUUUUCUAAUAUAUGCUAUUAUAUUUAAGCGGGCCAUACCACACAAUACAUUCUUGCAUCAUGGUAGCCUGGGCAAGGUGAUAGCAAUCUCUUAGAGUUGAACAUGUAGACUCAGAAGCAGUGUGCUAGCAUGAUAGAGCAGGUGGUAAUGCUUGAGGAGAAGAUAUGUAGCAAGGUUUGUUCUUUGAAAUUCAGAAAUCCGAAUCCAAAAUCUAAAAUUAAUUCAAAACAAGAGUCUUUAAGACAUAGCGAUUUCUGUGUUCGUAGCCUCAGCUGCUAGAAAAUUCAUGACCUCUAACUAUUGCAACAGUAUAAAUAGGGGAAGAAAAAUUGUGUCAGUGAUUCUGUUGAUUGAAAAGAGUUUGUGCUAAUGUAUACAUCACUUUGAGUACUGCUUACAAGAUGACUGUGUUUCUUAUUAUUACUAACACCUUUAAUAACUGUGAUAUAAGUUAUUUUCCAGGUUAAAGUCUCAACAAAUAGAUAUUAAAUGUUUAUAUAUCUUCAUUCUCAUGAGAUCAUUUUUCCAUCUUGCUUUUCAUAAGACAUACAUAUAACAUGAGCCCAGAAACCUUAAAUUAUGUUGCCUUUAAAUUUUAUUUAAUCUAUCUUAUCUUAUGUUCCCUGAAGUAUAAUAUUUUGUGCAUUGUAGUGGAUAAAAAUCACAGUAUUUGUGUGAUUAUGUCAUAAUGCCCUCAUCACUCCAUGGCUUAGGACCUGGUUAUCUACGAGACUGCCUGCUACCACCACUAGCCUCCCACCGGCCAGUAUGCUCCCAUAGGGAGGGGCUCCUCCGGGUGCCGUCGGCCAAACAAUGUUGACUGGCGGCCCCUAGGGGGAGAGCCUUCUCUGUGGGGGCACCUACGAUCUGGAACGAGCUCCCCACGGAGAUACGGAGGAUCCCGGAUCUGCGCACCUUCCGUCGUGCGCUUAAGACUUUUUUAUUUCAUCAAGCUGGCCUGGCCUAAAUCUUCUCCCCUUUUUUAAAAUGUAAAUUUUAAUUUGUUUUUAAAUUAUGGGGUAUUUUAAAUUCAGCCAAAUUAUUUAAUUCGUUUUUAUUUUAUUUUAAAUUUUUGUAUUUAUGUGUUUUAUCUUGUGGCUGUUCACCGCCCUGAGUCCUUCGGGAGAAGGGCGGUAUAGAAAUUUAAUAAAAUAAAAUAAAAAAUAAAAAAUCACCCCCCUCCCUUUAUUGAAACAGUCACCUUCCUCUUCCUCAUCUUCUCCUUCUUCCAUCUGCUGAUUCAAAAAGUUCAGAAAAAUUUUAGGAUGAUCCUGGAGCCAAGCAGUCAUAGUGAAUUGUUGAUUUGGGCUGAAUAGUUCAGCUAUAUGUACAGUAACUCUGGCAGAGGAAAGAAGUCCAACAAUAUGCUAAGCAUAUAUAGGAACAACAGAAUUUAUGCCUUCAGGAAGCUUUGCAAUGGAGGCUAUUGUGCAAAACUUGCCUUGAGUUCAGGAGUAUAUUAAAUUAAUAGACUACCACAUAUUGAUUGUAUGGCUCUCAUUUACUUAAAGUGCUGUCAUGUGUGUCAAAUCCAACUAAAAAGGUAUACAUUUUCCAGAAAACCAUUUCCAAUCCUAAUCAACAAAAUAAUUCUUUUUAUUUACCGGUAACUGCUGUGACACCUGGAGAGAAAUGUAGUCACAUUUUGUGUCUGUGGCCAAGUAAAAUGUUUGCUGUUUCAUACCCACACCAAUGCUGGAAUCUUUGCUUUUGAUAUAAUCCCCUGGAUAUAGGCACUGCUCAAUAUUACAUGCUUUUGCUGUCAAUAUUUGUACAAAGUUCAUGUAACCUUUGUCUAUAUCGUUGUGUUGAUUUUAAUUAUGCCACAUUUUGAUUUGAAUUUCGAUUUCCUAAAGACCAUCUCUUACUUUAAAAUAGCAUUUUGCACAAGGAGGGCCGCAACCACUCACAACCAUUUUUUUUUAUUAUUAUUAUCAACACUUGAAAGUGGAGAUAUAAAGUCAGCCAGGCAGAAAAAGACUGGUGACAUUGAGAAAUGUGCAAUAGAAGGCUGCAGAAUUAGAAAAGGGAAGAUUGCAGUAAUCUGUGACACAGAUAUGUCUAUGAAUCAUUGUGAGAAAAAAAAGUGUUUUGAAUUGCCAUCUUGAAUUGCCAAUUAAUAUCCUAGAAAAAAUGCUAUAUUACUGAUCAAGAGGACUUUAUGAAGAAAACUUUACAUCAGUAGUUCAUUUCAACAGCCUGCUAUUUUGAUAGCAAAAGCAUUUUUCUGCAUUCAGUUUUCCUCAUGUCCUCAUAGGCCUUGUUUGGACUAAGAGCCCUUAACUGUAUUAGCCCUGCAGCCAGGCUACAGGUAUCCCUGGUUUUCUUUCUUUUGUUUAAUAAUUUUUCACAGAAAUUUAUUUGGGCCUGUAAAUAUUGUUGAUGCUGUUACUGAUACUUUAUAUACUGAAACUUUGUCAUCUACCCUAUUCAAAUACUGACAUGGUCUGAACAAGGGCACUAUGUAUUGUUUCUUUGUUGUGUUUUGGAAUCUAAGUUUUAAAAUAAUCAAAAACCAUUGUCAUAGCUGUAUUGAAGAAAGAGACUCUGAAGAACUGUAAUAGUGUGAUGAUUUGUAAGUACAAUAAUUUCUGUAAUAAAUAAUAAACACUAAUAAAACAUUA